UUUUGCACAUCCGUUAUUUACACAGUUUAUAUUCAGCUAGGCGGUAGCAUGUUCCUUCUGUUACAAGCAUUGAAUAAACUGAAUAUAGAGGAAGUUUCAGGGCAAAACACAAGUUACCACAACUUUUCACGAAUACAGAAUAUUUUGUUGCAGAUUAAUUUUACUGAAGAGCAAAUUAACCAUACGAUUUGUCAAUGGAAUUCCAAAACAAUGUUGAGCUUUAUCAAUCCAGAAAUGAAAAUAAACAGUGAAACUUGGACCUAUUUUAACGCGUUCAUAUUUGCCUUUCAUGUAUGUUCCACGAUAGGUUAUGGUGAUGUAGCUCCUGCAACGAAUUAUGGACAGCUGCUCUGUAUGCUGUAUGCGAUCAUAGGCAUACCCCUCAACAUACUAUUCUUCAAAACUUUGGGCGACGCUUAUUCGGAUGCUUAUCAAGAGAUUAUCUGGAAGGUGAAUAGUGAUGAUACUAACAAGAAAAAACAAGUACUGGCGCAUCUUAUUUUUUACAUUCCCUGGGUUAUAAUUUUCAUGGUGUUGCCAUCAGUAGUAUUCAUGUACACCGAAGACUGGAAUUUUCUGGAUGGAUUAUAUUACAGUUUCAUUACUUUGACAACAGUAGGACUAGGAGAUUAUGUCGCAGGUGAAAACUUGCCGACAAAAGUCUCCUACGUCUUCUACAGAAUCGCUCUGCUUUGUUGGAUGAUGCAUGGCCUAGCUUUUGUAUCCAUGGUAGUAGAUUUCCUUGCCCAUCAAUACCAGAAAAUUUGUCUAUACAGGGUGAGCAUCGCAUGGGAUAAGUUUCAUCUCAGCAUUCGACGCGUCUAUAUGGAUAUCGAAAAACUGGACAUACAUUUCAGACUUUUUAAAACAGAACAAGUCGUCAAUCAAAGGGUCAGCAUGUGGGCGGUAAGCCCUGGCACGAAGAAAGCAGCUGAAUUUCAAAGAAAACAUGUGCAUAAUAUUCUUGAAAUCUGUGAUAAGCUACAGUCAUCAAUCCUGAAUAAACUCAUGGAUAUGGAAGGCGGUGAAGAUAUUUUAACAUUUCAACCAAAAGAGGAAUAGGAAAUUUAUUUUUUGUGCUCGUAAAUUCUACUUCUAAGGGAA